UUGCAAGAAUGGGGCCAGGUCCUGAAAAUGAGACAUGAGUGCAGAGGGGUAAUGCAUAAUACCUGGAGAAGAGGCUGGGGAAGGGGGGAGUUGUAGGGGUGAGCAGGGGGCCAGAUAGGCUUGCCAGAAACCUCAGAGGAUCCUGUGAAAUCUCACACCCACUCCUCCUCCUAGACCUUUUCCUCCCUCCCGACUCUGGCUGGAUUUAAUCAACAUAAUUCACCCAAUUUAGAGGGGUAGUGGCAGUGGAGGAGCAAAAGAGGGGAGUAUUCAGACUAGGAAAAGGUGUCUAAAACCGGGGAUCAGGAUGUUAAGAAGCGGGGAUGGCCUGGGGAGAUAAGGGACUAGUGGAGAGGCGUCUGUACGAAAGUUGCAGAUAAAAUUUCUGUCCAGCACAGCAGGGGUUACCCAGGGACAGGGAGGGGAAAAGGGAGGGAGGGGGGUUCCAACUUAAAGAUCUUAAGGCUGACUUGUGAGGGGCUGAUCUGGAGGUGGGAGGAGGGAGCAGCUGUCCGAGGAGGAGGCAGAGCCAGGAGGCACUAAGGAAACUCGGGCCACAUCUGUCUGAGCCUUGGCUAGACAGGAGGCAAACAGGAGGCAAACAGGAGGCAAACAGGGGCCAGAGGAAGAGGCAGGCCAGCGGCAGAAGCGGAGGAGCUGUCCCCCGGCCGCCCGCUCGGAUCCGGGAGCGCUCUGGAGACGCACAACCGGGCGGCUCGGCCCCUCGCCCCGGCGGGGACGGAUGCUGAGGGGCUCCGGCCACUGAGGACCGAUUGGAGGCCGGUGCCUCCAGGUGAGCCCCCGCGGAAGGACCGAGGGGGUGACCUCCACAGGCUGGAAUCGGCCUCCGGUCUCCUCGCCUUCUGCCUCGUGGGAUCCCAGCAUGGAAGAAGGACCGGAUUUUGACAGCUACUACGCGGGAGAGAACCAGACUCUGGAGUGCGUGUACGCGGACUGGAAGUCGUCGGGCUCCCUCAUCCCCGCCAUCUACAUCCUGGUCUUCCUCCUGGGCACCACCGGCAACGGCCUGGUGCUCUGGACCAUCUUCCGGGGCAGCCGGGAGAAGCGGCGCUCGGCCGACAAGUUCAUCGCCAGCCUGGCGGUGGCCGACCUGACUUUCGUGGUCACCCUCCCGCUGUGGGCCACCUACGCGUACCUGGACUACACCUGGCCCUUCGGCACCUUCGCCUGCAAAGUCAGCAGCUACUUAAUCUUCGUCAACAUGUACGCCAGCGUCUUCUGCCUCACCGGCCUCAGCUUCGACCGCUACCUGGCCAUCGUGCGGCCCGUGGCCAACGCCCGGCUGCGGCUGCGGGUCAGCGGCGUGGUGGCCACGGCGGGCCUGUGGCUCCUGGCGGCCCUGCUGGCCAUGCCCGCCAUGGUCUUCCGCUCGGUGGGCGAGCUGGAGAACAACAGCACCAUGUGCUACAUGGACUACUCGCUGGUGGCCGCGCCGGGGUCGGAGAUGGCGUGGGAGGUGGGGCUGGGCGCGUCCUCCACCGCCCUGGGCUUCGUGAUCCCCUUCACCGUGAUGCUCACCUGCUACUUCUUCAUCGCGCGCACCAUCGCGGGCCACUUCCGAAAGGAGCGCAUCGAGGGCCUGCGCAAACGGCGCCGGCUGCUCAGCAUCAUCGUGGUCCUGGUGGUGACCUUCGCCCUGUGCUGGCUGCCCUACCACCUGGUCAAGACCCUCUACAUGCUGGGCAGCCUCCUGCAGUGGUCCUGCGACUUCGACCUUUUCCUCAUGAACGUCUAUCCCUACUGCACCUGCAUCAGCUACGUCAACAGCUGCCUGAACCCCUUCCUCUACGCCUUCUUCGACCCCCGCUUCAGGGAGGCCUGCACCGCCAUGAUGUGCUGCGGCCAGAGUGGGUGCUGGGGGGCCGCCCCCGCGGGUGGGGAGAAGUCGGCCAGCUAUUCCUCGGGGCCCAGCCAGGGGCCCAGUCAGAACACGGGGAAGGCCGGGGAGCAGCCUCAGGAGAAGUCCAUCCCCUACAGCCAGGAGACCCUGGUGUCUGACCAGAUCCUGGGAUAAAAAGGCAUCCCUGGCCCACCCUCACCCCAGCUCCCCGAACCCUGGGCAAGAGCGCCCCCUCUCCCUUCUCACCGACUUUCCUCCUCGCAAUCCUUCUAGCCCCCCGGUUCUUUUUCUUCUCUUCUUCUCCCUUUCCUAUCCUUUCCAGACUUUAAUCUCCCCAUCUCCCUAGGGGUGACCACGGGUCACAAGAGGCAGACCUGAGAUUUGAAUUUAUGUCUUAUGACUUCCAAACUAGGGCUCUUUUUUUUUCUGCCUACCUCAGUUUCCACUCUCUGCUUUUCUAUCCUUUCCUAUUUUCUUUCCAAAGUCUUUCAAAGGGACUGGGUAUGGAGGAACAGGAGGGAAUUGUAAAAAUUCUGCACACCCCCCUCCCGGGAGACCACAGUGGUCUUUGUUCUGUUGUUACUAUAGGGAGGAUUUGGAGGAAAGAGGGAGCAGGAGAGGCUGCCUGCAGAGGAGGGGAGAAAGAGCAGGUUUCUGGACCACGGACGGUCAUCUCAAUGGCUCACUUGGGCAGCUGGCAGGGCCUCCUACCCUGUUGCCCACCCCUAUGCCAGGUUGCGCUCCCCUGGAAAUGUAUUUUUCAUUUGAUCUUAGUCUGUCCCUCUUUAUACUGGGUAAGAAAGGGGGAGGAGGACAGUCCCAUUGCUUGAGAUUGGGAAAACAGGAGGGGAUAUUGGUGGUCAAAUUCAUAAUGUCCCAUAGAGUUAUAGAUGGAGGCCAAUAGAGACCAGAAGAAUGACUGGGUUUAUUGCAGGAUAUAAGAUAAUGGGAGAUAAAGAAAUUGAGUUCUUCUUUUCUUUCUGUCUCUACAUUUUUCACUCUAUAGACCUCCUCCCAGACUGUGUUGCCUUCAUUUUGUAGAGUGUGUGUGUGUAUGUGUGUGUGUGUG